AUGACAUGGAAUUGUGGACGCGGCGCGGGCUGCGAGCGAGAGGCGAUGCGGCCGCAGCGUCUGUCGAGCACCUGCCAGCCUGUGGCGGCAUUAAUGAAGAGCGCGCAGCCCCCAUCCGUCACCUCCAACUUGCGCCGCAGAGCUGCUGCUGGUGGUGGUGGUGGUGGUGGUGGUGGUAGCGACGGCGCGGCCGCCGAUAAAGCCAGCGGAGGCGGUGUAGGCGGCUUCGCGAGGCACGAGCUGGGGCAGGACGCAUCUCAAGGACGCGGCGUCGGUGGCGGGGGCGGCGGGGGCGACGAUAGUGCGGCGAGCUUUACGACUGCGACGCUCAUUUGGGGGCUGGCAGAGGACCGACCGCCCCCGGCGUCGCGGCAUUAA